UCUAUCUUAUUCCUUUGUUCCGUGGUGGAGAGCGCGCGUUCACGUUUUCUCUAUUGUCAACGUAGCGUCUUUAUCUUUUGACGUGUCAGAGCAGUGUCGGUCGACCGCUACGACCGCACUGGGAACUUGCGUCGCCAACACUGAAGUUUUCUGCUUCUUCGCCGGGUGGAAUGGAGGAGCUGGACAGGCGUGUCCCCUGGGAUCUCAGUUGCUCGGUGGAAUCUGGAACGAGCAAUGGAACUGAGGCCUUAGUUUCUAGAACGGGGAUGGAACAGCAGGAGGAUGGGGAGCAGGUAGAAGAUGAGAGGGAAGAAGAACAAAACGAGAGGGGUCGCAGGAAGUAUGGUUGUCCGCACUACAGGCGGCGGUGCCGUAUCAGAGCUCCGUGUUGCAACGAGGUUUUUGGUUGCCGGCAUUGCCACAACGAAGCAAAGGGCGAGGAGGCUGACCCUCGCGAGAGGCACCAAAUCCGUCGCGAGUCUAUAAGGCGGGUCAUUUGCUUGUUGUGCGACACGGAGCAAGACGUGCAGCAAGUUUGCGAAGGCUGUGGAGUGUGCAUGGGGAGCUACUUUUGCUCAAAGUGCAACCUUUUCGACGACGACACGGACAAGCACCAGUACCACUGUGACUCAUGCGGCAUUUGUCGCGUUGGAGGAGCGGACAACUUCUUCCACUGCGACCGUUGUGGCUGCUGCUACUCGGUGGCUCUCCAAGGCAAGCACGUCUGUGUGGAGCGAGCAAUGCACCACAACUGCCCGGUGUGCUUUGAGUUCCUCUUCGACUCCGUGAAGCAGAUAACCGUGCUCCAGUGCGGCCACACCAUGCACGCCGACUGCUUCAAUGAGAUGCGGUUGCACUCGAGGUACACUUGUCCUAUGUGCUCCAGGUCGGUGCUGGAUUUGUCCGAGUACUGGCAAACUCUAGACAAGGAGAUUGCUGCCACUCCCAUGCCGGAGGCCCUGAGGGGGAAGACGGUGUGGAUGCUGUGCAACGAUUGCAAUCACAAAGACGAGGUACCGUUUCAUAUUUUCGCGCUUAAGUGCCCCGGUUGCGGCUCUUUCAACACCAGGCAGACAAAGAGGCCGCCAUCUCUUCCGGCCACGGCCGCUGCUGCGACCAGCAACACUGCCAACGACAGCCACUCGAGCAACAGCAGCAGCAACAGCAACGACUAGUCAGAAAGGACAGAAAACAAGGAGGAGUUCGUUGUGGCGCCGACAAAGAAGAACCAGACGGACGAACGGGUCAAACUCUGGUCUGGCACCGUUUUUCUUUAGCAAGAUACAGGGAACAAGGCAGGAGGAGGAAAAAAACAGGAGUAUUUUGGAAGGAAUCCCCGAGGAGUGGGAUGUGUCUUCUCACAGUUUUCACAAGCAUUGGGAUCUUUACACCACAACAAACAAACAGCGGAGAAACAACAGAUAUAGAUGGAUAGACGAGACACACAGGAUUGGGAUUUGGAUUUGGGAAGGAGAGGAGGAAGAGAAGAAGAUGAAGACGAAGAGUUCGUGGAACUUGGUGGUGGCAUAGCGCAGUGGAGAGACGGGUCUUUCUCACAGGAUACACGCAAAGCUAGCUAGUCAUUGAAGAAACGGCGUGUUCCACGCCACUAGCUAUACCACGGCUGCGUUUCUUGUGGGACAAGAGAUUGACUUUGGAACAGUGAAGAGAUUCGAAGCAAAAGAAGAAAAGGAAAAGCUCUCCCAAGACCGGGAAACCCGACCCUUGGCGCCGCCGCUACCUAGAUCGAUCGACAGGAGCAAAGCCAGCCAAGGAAGCAAAUCAAAGCAAGCAAGCCAAGCAAUUGGAGCGUUUCUCGUUUGGAAGUUCUCGAGGAAGGAGUCGGGACAAAAGGAAGAAAAGAAAAAAAAGAAGAGGUACUCGCCGCCGAGAAGGAAGAUUUUUUCGUCUUCGUCUUCUUCUUCUUCGUUUUGGGAGAGGUUUGUUUCGUCUCGUUUGUCGUUAGCGGCUUCAGUCCAGUGACCACGAGAAUAUUCUUGUAACUGGGGGAUAUUCCAGUGCAAGAAUAUUCUAGCUACUGGGGGAUUGGAGACAAGCCCUAGCUUUUUUGUCUGGCGCUUGUCUGGGCAUUCCCGACACGCCUGACUGCUUGAUCUUUGCGUAGAGCAUGUUCUCUAGAGAAGAUUAAAAACCCUAUUCUUCCA